AUGGAUAUAUGUAAUCAAUCUCAUCCUGAUUUAUACAAUAUUUCCGAAACUAAAUUAUUUGAUUUGAUUCCCAAAUUUUCUUCUUCUGACGUCAUUAAAAUUACAGAUAAUAACGUAUCAUUUUUUAAAAAUGAUUUGAACGAAAGGGAAAAUUUAUCGACGGAAAAUGUUAGCAAAAGUGAUGUUAAGCAAAAAUUACGGAAAAGAAAUCCCGAAAAUUGGAAACAAAAUGUCAGAAAAAGAAAUAAAAACAAGGGUUUAGAGUAUAUUACGGCAAACGGUAAAAUUUGCGAAAAAAAAAAAUUAGGACCUCCAUGCACAUGCAAAGAAAAAUGCUUUUUAAAAAUCGGCUUAGAUUCGUGUGAAAAAAUAUUUAAAAAUUUUUGGAAACUCGGAGAUCACGCUUUACAAAAUGCAUACAUUGCCGGAUGUGUGAGAAUUUUCUUGCCCAAACAUUGUUACAAAAAAGAUGGAAUUCCGAGCAGAAGAUUUUUCAGUCGAAAUUUUCAUGUGACAGUGAAUGGUGUCGACACUGAAGUAUGCAAGCAAGCAUUUUUAAACAUUCACUCAAUCAGUAAUGGCAGACUGGAUAGAUUGUUGAAAAAAAAACAAGAAAUAGGAAAUACCGGAUUCGACGAGAGAGGGAGACACAGUAACAAAGUUAAUAAAAUUCCCAUUGAAAAAAUUGCAAUGGUUCGAAAACAUAUCGAUUCCAUAAGAGAAAAAGCUGGUUACUUUGGCAAGAGAAAGUCGAAAAAAGUCGAAAUAUUACCAGGAACUCUUAACAUAAGAACAAUGUAUCGAUCUUAUAGGGAUGAAAUGACAUUGAAAGGACUCGAACCUGUUUGCGAAUACAGAUAUAGAAAAAUAUUUCACACUGAUUUUCAUAUAGAUUUUGGUAAAGUGUCGACUCCAUCGAAUCUCGACCUCGUGGGAAAUCCUAACAAGCAAAUUUUGUUGAAACAAUCUUCUCACGAAUACGAUGAAUCACCGUCGCAAAUAUAUUUCACGUGUGAUAAACAAAUAAAUGAUAUAAUUUACGAAAAAGACUGUAACAACGAUAAAAAAAUGGACGAUUUGAUUAAAAAUGUGCCAAUGCACACAGGCGUUAAUAUUAACGUUCAAGUCAACGCGGAUGUAAAAACAAAUAAGAAUAACAUGACAUAUACGCAAUUGGAAGGAGGAGAAGAUGAUAAAUUAAUAUUAACGAGAGAAACAUGUUCGUAUUCCACGUCGGAAGAUGCUUUCAGAUUAGAUUAUUCAAUGAAUUUUAAUAAUAAUAAUAAUAAUCCACAACAGAGUUGGAUAUUCUCAAAUCCAAGUUAG